AUGCUGAAUAUGUUGUCACCCAACACCAAGAGCGAUAAGACUGAUGGGGCACCGGGCAAACGUGCAGCAUGCUCCGGCAAGAAACGUCGCCGCUUGAGGUUUGAGGAAACGAUCAACCCAAACGCAGAAAGCAUUACGAAUAUCACCGCUAUAGACAUUCUCUUUGGUAGAGGACGUGGUUAUCAGGACCGCCCAGGCAACAAGCGUAUGAGGGCGAUUGUCGCAACUCACAAAGAAAGGUACCAGGCAUUGGAGCUGUCCAGUAAGCGAACUUUUGUGGAAGCAGUCUACGAUGAGAUUACACGGGAUGGUGCUAGGUUCUUGCACAAGCAAGGAGAUGAAGAGGGGUUUGUCAUGGUCGAAGUACCAGUGGCGCUUCAUAAAGUGAGAAACUUGCUCCGCUGCAAGAAAUCAUUCGGGAAGAUGACUGACCCAAGUAAAAAGACAGAGAAAGCAGAGUCGUCAGAUUCUUUUCAGGUGAGAGCCAUAAAGACACCUGUUGCGCUAUCUGAAGGGAGUAGUACAGCGUCCGCGAUUCAAGAACCGUCCAUACGACAAGCUGUUGCUGCCAUGUCGUUUCCUGCACUACCGCUGCAUGUUUCAUCUACUCCUUUACUGCCCAUGCAACACCUUCAGCAGGCAUCCCUUGCCUCCCUGGGCAAUCCUAUUGGCCUUCAAUCUUGGAAUGCUGGUAUGUCAUUAGGCUCAUUGCCUCUACAAAUGUCUGCGAUUGCUGCGUGCAAUGCCGCAGAAGAGCUACAAAUGCUUCAGCAGUACCAUCAUCAUCGUCGGUCCGCUGAGAUGGCACAUCGCCUCCGUUCCAAGCAACCACCACGAGAUCCAUGA